ACUUCAUCAAAACAUAAAGAUAAGAUAAAAAAAGGAUUUACAACUCAACAUUUUCGCAAGACAAUCAAGUCAUUUGACUUUCAACACUACACGCAAAGCAAUGGAAGAUCACUACGGUUUUAAACCCGGUUAUGCCCCUCCUCCCGCUUAUAACUACCCCGCCCAGCCUCCCAAUCCCGCCCAAAUGCAGAACCCUGGUCACCCUUUCCCCGACCCCAACCAAAUGCACCAUGUCCCGAACCCCACCCCCACCGGUCAAGCCUACCGCUGGGUUGACUCCUCCACCAGCUACGGGUCUGUCCCGCCCACCGCCGUGCAAGGGGGCGUGGACGCCGACGGCCACGCCAUUUUCGUGGGCAGGGCUUACCACGAAGGCGACCUGAUCCCGGCUAAAGUGAUUCCAGGGAAAAACGCUGCUUACGUUCCACACAACGGGGAAGAGCAUGAGAUCGAGCACUAUCAAAUUUUGUGUAAACAAAUCCUGGAGUGGGUGCCAAGUCACGCCGGACAAGUGCCACCAGGGGCGGUCCAAGGGGGACACACGAGUGGAGGGGAGGUGCUUUUUGUAGGAAGGGCGUUCCAUGAGGGGUCUCAGACUAUAGGAAAGGUGCAUCCGAGUCACGGGGUUUGCUAUAUACCGUUCGACGGGGAGGAAAUCGCUUGUCCUGAGUAUGAAAUUCUGGUGCUUCGCAUAUAAUAACGAUAAUAAAACACGAAAAAUAUAAAGAAUCUCAUGUAUUUAACUAAAUAACAAAGAAAUAAAUUAAUUUACGGUGA